GCUCACACCUCCAAACUAUCAGCUCUUCUUCUGCCCUCCAUCUCUCGCCACUUUGUCAGCACGAGUCAUUGAGGAAGGACCACCUCUCCCCCUUCUUCUUCUCUUCAGUGUCUGGUAGAAGAAGUUUUUUCCACUGGGAACACUGGCGGGAACAAGAAGCGUCACGUGUGCUGGCGGCGGGUGCACGGGUGGCGGACUGGCGGGGCUCCGCGUGGGGCCCCUGGCAAGGGCCCCUGAAGCCUGGUGGCGUCGUGGCGGAGCCGGUGGAGGCUGCAGGAGGCUGGGGAGCCGUCGGAGCCGCUCCCUUGGGUCCAGCUGGUGCUGGAGUCGGACCCAUCAACCCGCCUCGUUGCCUCUCACCGCCUCCCUCUCCGCCAUGCCGGCCGGCUUGCAGCCCACGUGGUCCGCCCGCUCCCCUCUGCAGCCCCCCAGCCUCCCGGCGCUCAGGGAGGCUUAAGCCAGCGGGGCACGACGGGAAGUUGGCAUGGGAGGCCCAGUUCAAGAUGCCAGCUGCUGCCCAGGGCUGGGGCGAGGAUGAGAAGGCGCUGCAGCUGACAACAGAGCUACGGGGCUCAGUGGACGGGCCCGGCCGCUUGGUGGGGAGCGCCGAGAGGACCUUGGGGCGGCCUGACAUGCUGGCCGCUACGCGACUCCAGGAUACGCCACAGAGGCUGUGUGGCGACACGGGGCACUGCGUGCAGUCUGAGGGCCCAGUGGAGGCUCGUAUCGGCGUAGGCAGCGCUGUGGAGUGCCGGCCGAUGGACGUCGCCGAUCGAGACGAGCCGUGCGUGCUGGGCCUCGACUACCUGCCGCAGGGCGAGGCCUGUGCCGACCUUGGACGGGAGCUGGAGAGGCUGCGCGGACAGGCGCCUUUGCUCCCGAAGGUCGGCUGUGCAGAGGUAGUCGCGGCGGAGCGACUGCACCUUGCCCCGGGGACGGAGGCCAGGGUCCUGUGUUGCCGGUCGGACGCGAUGCCAGGGGGAGGCACGGUGGAGUCCACGGAGGGCCUGCAGCUGCCUGAUGGUGUGGCAGCCGGAGGGAGUUUCGAAGGAGCGGGGGAGGAGUCAGUCACGGUGCUGGUGGCUAACUCCUCCGACGAGGCUCGGAAAGUACCCGCUGGUGCCAAGCUGGGCACCUGUGAAGAGGUGGAGCAACAAGAGGAGGCGUCGGGGAGUGCGGAGUCGGCCGCUGUGAGGCCGCUGCCCGACUUCCUGGAGGAUUCGGCGCACCGGAGCGCCGCUCACCUGACGGAGGCGCAGACGAAGGUGCGCCACACCCUGGCUCGGUGCGCGGACGUGUUCAGCGGGGGUGGAUUGGACCUGCUGGGCUGCACGGGGUUGGUGAAGCACAACAUCAGCACGGGAAAUGGUGCGCCCACCAGGAGCCCGCCCCGACGUGUCGUGCCGGCCAGGCGGGAGGAAUUGCAGCGCGCCGUCAACGAGCUGGCGGUGCAGGGGGUGAUGGAGCGGACAGACAGUCCGUGGCCCUCAGCAGUCGUCCUGGAUAUGAAGAAGGACGGCACGCAGCGCUUCUGUGCGGAUUGCCGGGCGCUGAGGGACGAGACUGGCGAGGACUCCCACCCCCUGCCGUGGACCGAUGACGCGCUGACGAAGGCCUUGGAGUUGGGGGCAUUGACGACGACCAGCGGCCUAGCGGCGGCCGCCCCGCCCUGCCAUGACUUCCGGGGCCGGAUGGCGAAGGUGAAGAUGAAGUCAGCGUCGAUGAAGGCGAGCCCGGAGGGCCUCCGUGGCUCGUGCGGGGGCUGUGGCAAGAGGGGGCAUAGGUGCAGUCUGUGCCUGGGGGAGCGAAGGACGCGUUCCCUUGACCGGCCGAGCCCCGAUGCCCAGCAGCCGCGCCGUAAGGACUGUGGCCAGUCAGGCCACCGCUUGAGUGCCUGUCCCAGGCCCAGGGACGCGGCGCGGUUGGGGAGCGCGGACGGGCUGGAGAAGGGAGCCGACUUCCAGCCGUCUCCCGCCCUCGGGCCCCGCCUUGAGUAAGCUGCCGCCGCCCGACCAGCGUGUUGCCAGUGGGAGGCUUAGCGGUUGUAACCACGACGCGUGACAGUGGACACCGGGGGCUGAGGAGUGCUCGGCGCGGCCUGACCCGGGGUAGUGUGUGCUGCUGGAGGGGCCAGUGGAGGCUCGUAUCGGCGUAGGCAGCGCUGUGGAGCGCCGGCCGAUGGACGUCGCCGAUCGAGACGAGCCGUGCUUGCUGGCCCUCGACUACCUAACGCAGGCCGGUAAGGCUCGUGGUGGCCUCGGACGGGAGCUGGAGAGGGUGACCGGAGAGGUGCCCUUUGCUCCCAGGAGGUUUUCGAGCAUGGCUGCGUGGGGAGGUAGUCACAGCCGGGCGAGGGCACAUUGCCCCGAGGGUGGAGGCCAGGAGCCGGUGUCGACUGUCCCGAGCGUCACGUGGAGCGGAUGGCGUGGAAGAGCCCACUGAGGACUGGCGGCUGGUCGACGGCGUGGCUGACAGGCGGAGCCCCUUGGGGGCGCGAGAAGAGACUGUGGAGGACGUGGUGGAGGACAGACUGAUUUAUGUGUUUUGCAUGUAUUUUUCUGUGUUCAAUGCUCGUCCGGGAGCUCAGGCUACCGGUGGAUUUGGCCACGGGGCGGCCUCCCGACGUGAGCCUGCCCACCGUCACCUCUGGCUUCGCAGCGGCACUGCAGGAAAGCCUGGCUGAGGUGCACCGACGCGUACGGGGCAAGCUCAAGGUGGCAGGCCAGGCCAUGAAAUGAAGGAGACAUACGGCCGGCGCAAGAGGGAUGUGAGCCCCAGCAGCAGCGAAGGGGACGUGUCAGAGGUCGACCAAGGGGCGAACGAGAACAUGGGCGGUGCGAGCGAAGUGGCAGACGUCAGUGACGACCCUGAGCAAGGACUUGGGGCCGACGCCGCCGCUCUGGGUGCCACCGCCUGCCUGCCGCCGCCAGCAUCUCCCCAGCGGCGCCCUCGGCGAGAGAGGCGACGGCCGGGAUGGUUAAGAGACUUAAGUGAUGUCCCAGGGGACUGAUUAGUUUGAUUUAUUUCAUGUGUUUUGUUUGUUCAAUGUUGGGGCAGCCGGGUCGACUGCCUUUUGGAGGAGUGGAUAGUGUUAUGAAUGUGCUGUAUGUGAAUGAUUGUAUGUGUAAUGUGAUGAAAUUGUAGCAUGAUGCAAUGUUAGCUCAGCAUGGUGCAACUCUACUUGUUGGGACAAGAGAGACAGAGGGGAGCCCGGGGCCUCCGGCCGCCGGGCAGGAAGUACUGAGUCGGCAGAGUGUAGAGUUGCGAGCGAGAGGCGCUGAGGGGUGGUUGAGAAGACGCGUGUCUGGGCUUAGAGAGUGUUGAGCUGCUCCGCUCGCGAGCUGUGUGCAUCCGGUGUGCGUGUCUGCCGUGCCCCUGUACUGUGCCUGAUUAACUGUUCUGUGCCUUUGAGAGUUGCUGUACUGUGUGAGGAACCUAUCAUUAAACUAGAACUUAGUGUUGAA